CAGUCUGGAAUCUCUAUUGAGCACCGGUUUGUCGUCUGAUGACAUUCCAUAGAAACCGAUCACUACUUAUGCCGCAUGCCAUGCAAUACAGACAAGCAUUGUGCGACGAGCGAGAGUACGUACGUAUUGCCAGAAUGUAAUGUAAAAUCCAUCGCCUCGUUGGAUGAACUGUAGAAUCGGCUGUGAUAAGGAGGUUUAUUUGGUGCUGGAACUGGUGACUUCCUCUUAGACUGAUAAAAAUGAACGUUCUCCGGUAAACAGUAUCCAUAAAUAUACAAUUAGCGACAGCGUGGGUGGAAUGAAAGAAUCAGAAAAAUGUAUAACAGUUAUAUCAUAAACGUGUUCCUUGUUAUUGCUGAUUUGUGGUUGAGCAUGGGAAGCGAUUAUUAUGAAAUUCUUGGUGUAAGUAAAACAGCCGAUCAGAAAGAAAUCAGAAGAGCCUUCAAAAAAUUAGUGGUGAUCGAACAUCCUGACAAAAAUAAUGAUACCCCGGAGGCUCAUGCAAAGUUCAUUCAAUUGACAAGGGCCUACGAAACGUUAAAAGAUCCAGUUUUAAGACAGAAAUAUGACAACUUUGGAGAGGAGGGUAUUAAUUUUGGAAAUAAACAAGGAACUUAUCAUUCCUGGAAUUAUUACGAAUAUAAUUUUGAACUAUACGACGACGAUAAUGUGGUUAUUACUCUGGAUGAAGAUGAUUAUUCUGACAAUGUGCUUCACGCGGAUAAAGUAUGGAUGGUAAAUUUUUACUAUCCGAUGUGUAAUCGGUGUCAUAGACUUUCCUCAAUUUGGAAAAGAAUCGCAGCGGAUCUGGACAGAGUUGUAAGAAUCGGAGUCGUAAAUUGUAAAGUCGAAUGGCAACUUUGCGUUCGUAUCGGACUAAAAUCUCACCACAUUUUAAUGCAUUAUCCAAAGAAUUCAAAGGACGGAUCGCAAUAUAACGGAGAACUAACUUAUACGGCUAUUAUGGACUUUAUUUUGAGCAAUUUAGAGACUAAUAUUCACGAAAUAGACAAACCUUUGGAGAAUUUUAUUUCUCGCGGCAGCGAGGGAUCGAAGAAACCUGUCUUAAUAUUCGUUUGUGGCGGACAGCGUGAUUGUUUUACGCCGACCGAGCGUUUAAAAGUCGCAGCGAUACUUGGCAAUAUAGUCGACGUAAAGAUAUUCUUUUGUGAUCACGAGGAAGCGCGUGGGAAAUUUGUUAACCGCGACACCAAUGCAGUUUAUUUAUCAGAGUCUUCGUAUGCGAAUAAUUCCUGGCACGUUACUUCGUUCGACGAUGUAGAAGAAGCAGAAGCAUUGAUAGAGAAAGUAAUGGAGCGUUUCCCGGAACCCCGCGAUCUCAGCGCUGACGAAUUUCAGAAUAUUAAAAGACGUUUGAUGGAAGAGGAAAUAUCUAAUUCUGGUUGGCUCGUGUAUUUUUAUAUCGGACACAUAUUCAAAAUAGACCCAACGUUCAAAAGACUUCCUAGUAUUAGCGAUGUUGUUAAAUUGGGCAAAAUAAAUUGCGGAAAGUACUCGCACGUUUGCAACGAAUUAGGCGUGAAUCGUUAUCCGAUGUGGGGUGUUCUUAAAUCAAGCGGAGCGUUCGAGUUGUACCACGGAAAGGACACGUUUUACAAUAUCGUUAAAUUUUUGUACAGCAGCACGAAGGCAAUAAAUGUGUGGGCGUUGACUGCGGAAGAAGUGACGUCUAUAUUAGAAGGAAACAAUGGUAACGAAGUAUGGUUUCUCGAUUGGUACGCGCCACGGUGUCCUUCUUGCAUACACUUUUUAAGAGAAGUCCGUAAAGCAUCGACAGAGUUUGACAAAUCUGUGGUCCGCUUUGGAAAUGUCGACUGUACCGUACAUUCAACGACGUGCCUUCGAUACAACAUUCGUUCGUUCCCGACCGCGAUGCUCGUGAACAAUACAAAGAUCGAUAAAUUUUCGAUGCAGAAAACAGCCGCCAACGUCGUUCUGUUUAUAAACGAAGCGCGUAAUCCCACGGUUGUGCGACUCACGUCGAGAAACUUUGAGAACAAACUUCGUCAGAGGAAGGGUAAAUUCAUGUUUGUGAUCGAUUAUUUUGCGCCGUGGUGCGCCCCCUGUCAGCGACUUGCGCCCGAAUGGAUCGUAGUUGCGCGCGCUUUAUCUACGCUAUCGUUUAUAAAAGUGGCCAGCGUCGAUUGCGAAGCGGAAUACCAUCUCUGUCAAACUCAAGAAAUACGUAGUUAUCCCACAAUACGAAUAUAUUCUAGAGAAAAUCAAGACUUAACCACGUUCAAUUCUCACAACGGGCAACGGGAUUCAACUUCGUUAUUGAGAUGGAUCGCAGGAUAUUUUCCACGAAAAGUGCAAGAGUUGGAUUCGUCGAGUUUGCAGAAGGAGGUAUUGACCGAUCGUAACGUAUGGAUCGUUUAUUUUUACGUUCCAUGGUAUAAAGAGUGUCAAAAACUUGAGCCUCAAUUUGCUAUCGUCGCUCAGUUACUGGGGAAAACUAGGAUCAAAUUUGGCCGUUACAAUUGCAAUGAUCGAGUUGCAGAGUGUGCCAAGGCUGGUAUUCAACAAUAUCCAACAAUAAUCGCGUAUAGCGUUCGACACAAUGGGAAGAAGAUUGCGGAUGGUUUUCAAAUCAACGGAACCACGGCCGAGAGUAUAAAACGUAGUAUUUUAGAUUUUACCGCGCGUGUCGAUCACGACGAAUUAUAAUACCUAAUAGUGUUCAUAUUUGUAACAUAUACAGUCUGAUCAGUGAUACCGAUCGUACUAUACGGGCGCAUGGGAAACGUUAGGCGUGUUCCGACGACUUCCGAUCGAUUAUGCGGUAUUAUACUAAACAUUUUCUAUUGAUGUCUCAGAAAACUUUACUAUGUGCGCAUGUACAUGAACAUAUCGCAAGUGUGAAUGUAAUGUAACGUUACUGUUUACAUCGGAUCACACUACAAGAAAAUAAUACUCGAUGCGUUUAAAAAUAUUUCUCUCUUUUUUAAAAUAGAUAUUUGUACAUAUUAUUCUGCUCUUUCUCUUAGACGUAUUAAAAAUCAAGAGAACUUGAGUAUUUGCGUCUGCAUUUAGGCACACGUUUUCUGUAUCCCAAUAUUUUAGCCGAAAUAAAUUCUAUUUUGAAAUUAAAAACACUUUUUUUUCAUAACCAUUAGUAGUAUGAGAAAGUAACAUAGAAUAUUGAUUUUCGCUUGUCCUGACUUGCUAUUCUUUCAACGACUGUACGAUAAGGAAACGAUUCAGAACGAAGGGCUCCCUUCAAUUUAUUCUCACUAGUAUUAAACAAAUCGUUCACGUUUGUCCUUUUUGUGAUAUCUCGAAGCAAAUACCCUUGUCUUCCUUGUGCGAAUACACACACGAGUGACGCGCGAUGCGUAAAGAACACACAAAACGCGAUGUUGUUGAUUUCAUAUAUAUUAUAUAAAAACAAUGAUAUCGCUAAGAUGUGCAAUCGUUUUAAAAACGAACCACGGUAUAGUAAAUAUUUUUUUUUUUAGUGUAUAACAGUCUGAGAAUAAGUUUGCACGGUGUCGUGGCACUUAGACCAGUCCUGUCCAGGAUUUGCCCCGACAAAGCAGCUUUAAUUUUUAAUCUCCACUUUGUUAUCACGGUAUAUUACAAUGGUAGUCGAUGCUGCGAAUCAUAAUACGUGUCCAACUUAAAAAACAAUGGUACGUAACGGGCAUCCUUCGUGGACAGGAUUGACUCACAAGGAAUUAUUCCGCUCGAGGGGGAAGGCUAUUCUAAUUCGAUAUAUUUCGCAAUUUAUUAGUCAUCCAUGACUCGAGCGUGUAUUUUUAAAUACAACUAGACGCUUAGAUACCGCACGCGUGACGCAUAGCAAUCGGGGUCUCCUGCAUUUUCUAUUCCCCUCGAGCGGUACGAUUCAUCUAAGUCCACCAUACGUAUCGAAAAUUAUGACCACAUAUUAAUUAGAAUCGGGAAAUAAUUUACACUUCCAAUCGGUACAAUAUCUCGUCAUGAAAUACAAGAACGACGGCGAAUAGGAAUAUAUUUCCCCUGUUAAAUAUCACAUAAAACGCAUUAUGCAAAGGCAGUGCUAAUAGAAUGCAAUGUCUUGAUCAGAGUGUAAAAUUACUUGAAUAUAAUUUCUUGCAAGUAUUCUUUUUCCCCAAUCUUUUUUUCA